AAGCGCACCAGAGGCAUUUUGGGAACGAGUGACUGGACCUCGGAGCUUCGUCCUCAGCUUGAACAGAAAGUUUCCUCGUAAGGAGAAUGACAAGGCUACUCCUGAGACUUGCACUCUGUCUGUGGAUUCUGCGACUAUCAGAGGUGAGUGCAAACUUCAGCGAUGUUCCCCCCGGAGACGCGGUGCGCUCUCUGGCCGAGCAGGAGACGGUGCUGCCCUGCGUGUACAAGCCCGUCCAGGAGGAGACCAUCGUCCAGGUGACGUGGAAGAAAGAGAAGAGCGACGGCAACAAGGAGCAGAUCAUCCUGGCUCACCACCUCAACGGACAGACCGCGUUCGGCGCGUGGUCUCGGCGCGUCCGCUUCAAGAACAGCGACCCCAUGGUGGACUCGUCUCUGAUCAUCACCAGCACGGAGCUCGGAGACGCCGGACUCUACACCUGCCAGAUCAGCACCUUCCCCCUGGGCAACUUCGAGAAGGACAUGGAGCUCACCGUCUGGACCAUCCCCAUCUCGUCGCUGGAGCCCGCGGUCCUGGUGGAGGGCUCGUACGGCGUCGCAGCCACGUGCCGCUCCACCGCCCAGCCCACGCCUCAGCUGUCCUGGAAGACGGAGCUCACCGGGCAGUCCACCAACCGCACCUACGACAACGGCGUGGUGACGUCGCAGUACUCGCUCUACCCUCUGCGCGGCAUGAACGGCAAGAGCCUGGACUGCCUGGUGUGGCACGAGAGCUUCACCGGACCCAAGACCAUCUCCAACACGAUGGUGGUGCACUAUCCUCCUCACGCCGAGAUCACCGGGUUCAAAGAGGACGAGUGGCACCAGGGCCUGGAGAAGGCGUCACUCAAGUGUGUGAGCGGAGGAAACCCCGCCCCCCACCUCUACACCUGGAAAAGAGACGGUGGCGCUGUCCCUGAAGGCGCGUCCCCUCAGCCCGACGGCACCCUGCUGUUCGAGCGUCCCCUCAGCAUGUCGGACGCCGGCAUGUACCAGUGUGUGGCGGAGAACACCAUCGGCGCGGGGAAGGCCGAGGUCAAGGUCAACAUAAUCGAGGCGCAGAAGCAGGACUGGCCCAUGGAGAACUUCCUGAUGAUCGUGGUGGGGGCGGCGGCCGGCGGUCUUCUUCUCCUCAUGCUCGUCGUCAUCAUCAGCGUGACCUGCCACCACAAACGCAGCAACCAGAAGCUCAAGAGGGAACUCACCGAGAAGAAGCAGGAGAUCAGCACUCUCUCUCGUCAGGCCUCGAUCAGGAGGAUGAACUCGGUCAGCACAGACGCCCGAGGAGCGACGGAGGAGAACAUCCCGCUGCGGGUGGAGGGCACCCUGAGGACCAGCCUGUCGUCCCUCGGGGAGCAGGCGUACUGCAGGGACAGCCGCUCCACCAUCUCCGGCCGGGGCGGGGUCGGGGUCGGAGGAGGAGUAGGAGGGGGUGCCGUGGAUUACCUGGGCAGACCGGUCCUGCACAACAACUCCCGCAGGAUGAGAGAGAGGCUGCUGCUGGACCGAGACGAGGAGAGCCGGCUCCGCGUCGAGAACUACGUCCGCAACAGCAACAUGUCCCUGCAGGAGACCCGGUACCAGCCGCCCCUGCUGCCCACCUCCUACCCCAUCCAGAGCACCGAGGUGGUCCGGCACAUCAACGGGGGCCUCCUCAUCCCCAGCGAGUCCGGAGGGUCCCGGCAGAGCAGCAUCAUCAAGGCCCCCUUACCCCUGCCGCCCAUGAGCAGCCCGCCGCCCUACCCCCCGGUCACCGACGACGAGGACGAGGUGGACGAGGGCCUGGGCGGACCCACCAACAGCCAGGACCCGCCCGAGGACCAGGACAGCGAGAACAGCUCCCAGGUGUCCUACCCCAACAGCAACGGCUCGCUACGGCCCAAAAUACGACCAUUGACUCCAAUCGUGAGCCCCCACGCCUCGCUCAUUCACAAAGCGCAGAUCGUCUAGUUGGCGCACCGACCGGAAUGUUAAGAAACGGAAUUUUUAAGAACAUUUUCUUUAAAUAUUUGUGUCUUUUUUGUUUGUUUUGAUAACGGAUAAACCCGCAUGAGACGUUUGAAUGUGGAAUUUACUUUUUUUUUUUUUUCAUUUUUUUUGAGGGGUUCUCGACAAGGUGACCCACUUUCCCCCGUCAACUUUCAACCCGCACAAUUGCCUCAUCCUCCAGCUCGCUACUCCUGACCACGAACCUUGCUCCAGAUUUAAAAAUGGGUCUUUGGGUGCUUCGCUGCGGUCGCCCACUGCGAAACUGAAGCGUUUACGUCAACAAUUAAGCUCAUUAAAACGACGCUGACUUACGCUGCGAGCAAAUCCGGGGAAAGUGCCUGAACGUCGCAAAACCUCAAGAUCCCUCAAUGAAUUUUUAUCGCCUUUGUAAACAAACGGAAUUACUUUAACGCAAGUGCCUCAAACAAACUUCCAGGCGUGUUUUCAAAGCUGAAAGUCCAAAUACCGCAACGCUGAGAGAGCUUUUUUUUUUUUUUUUUACGGCUUCUCUUGCGUUAUUUACCCAGCGUGGGAACGGAGGAGACGUUUCCGGGUUGACAGAUGAAACUCUAGAUGUUUGGCAGGAGGAGACGAUGCCGCGACAUGUUCUGUAUUUUUUUUUUUUUUUUUUUUUUUUUUAAAGCAAACUCUUCUGUCAUCGCGUCGCAGAAAGUGCCUCAUAAGAAAGUUGCAACACUUCACCGCAUCUGUGACGUGAAGACGAAUCUGCGGUUGCCCUUUUUCACACACACACACACACACACACACACACACACACACUGGUUUUUGGGAUCGUUUCCAAACUGCCACGCCUCAUACCUCCAUAAUGUCCCCGCGACUGCGCCCAGGGCAGAAGGAGAUAAUGAGAAGUUUUCAAUAGACUGAGCACUAAACAGCAAUGGACUUGAGAGCUGAAUGUGCCACUUUGAAACCUAGAAUAACACGGAUUAUGGACGACAAUGAGUUAUGAUGUUCUGUGUUCGGCGCGGAAUAGAACGUGGACGCAUUGUUUCCACGCUCUCGAGUUGAAUUUUUUUUAGAUUUUAUUUUGAAAGCUUUAAUUGUGUAUAGUAGUAUUUUACAUUAUUUGCUUUGCCGAUGGGAGCUAUGUCAAUGUUCUUUAGACCAGGGAUCCACAAACACCCGUCUGAGGCCCCAAAGAAUAAAACUUUUACCGUAUUUUUUGGACUAUAAGGUGCAAUAUCGUUAACGUUGAAUUCUCCAUGCAUAAAGUUACGUUUACACUGAAACGAAUCAUCGUAUCGGAAACGAUCUGCGUCCAGACACGUCGUUUCUGUGUCCGCGAUUCUUCCCGAUCCACAUAUUUGUUUACGUUUUACAGAAAUGAAACUUAAAACCACAGGGCGAAUUUGCAUAAACUGAAGGGUGAGGUAUAGUUCUGCGUCGACUCAACGCGCUCUGCCGCCGUCGCCUCGUCGCCGUCGUUUUUGAUUUAUGGAUCUGCGUCGCGGUCUGUGCACCGCGAAGUAAUUCACUGCCAAAACACUAGGGGGCGACGAUCUCUGUCCAUUCAUAUAUACGUGUGUCUGU